GUCUUCUGGUUCCUCUUCUUCCUUUUCCUUUUUCAGCAUGUCCAAAACCAAGUCUAGGAGGGCAGAUGACAUGAAGGAUGACUACGUGAAGGCUUAUAAAGUGCGGCCUAGUGAUGAAGAUAGAGGUGGAUGGGCAGCUGAUCCUGGAAUUGAUUGGAAAGCAGGAAGAGAAAGGUGGAAAAGCCCCGAGAUUGGCAAUAAUUAUUCUUUGUUGGACAUGAAGGAUGACGACGUGAAGGCUUAUAAAGCGCGGCCUGGUGAUGAAGAGGGAGGUGGAUGGGAAGCUGAUCAUGGAAUUGAUGGGAAAGCAGAAGCUUUCAUUGCUUCAAGAAGAGAAAGGUGGAAAAGCCCCGAGGUUGCCAACUAA